AGCUUCCCGGCCCAACUUGGGCCCGGUCAGCAGCAGGUCGCCUCCUUCCUUCCUUGCUGGCGAAGUGUCUCCCAAAUCGGCAAGGACUCUCCUCCCGCACCAACUGCCCCAAUUCCUCCCCUCCUCGCCGUCGAGAUCUCGCCUCGCCGCGCGCGCGCGCCCUCCGGCCUGCCUCAGCCGUCUCCCGCCCGCGGCCCAUGGCGACGCGGAACCGGACGCCGCUCUUCCGCAAGUACCGCGACGCGCUGCGGCACGUCCGCGCGCCCGCCGGGGCGCCCUCCUCCUCCUCCUCCUCAGGCGGCGGCGGGCCGGUGAUCGAGAUGUCCUCCCUCCUGCGGCACGACCGCACCUACGCGCCCCUCAGCACCGACGACCCCGCCGCCUCCUCCUCCAGUAGAGGCACGGUGGCGGUGGGCCUUCCCCCAGCGUGGGUGGAUAUUUCCGAGGAUAUAUCCGCAAACAUGCAGCGGGCAAAGACGAAAAUGGCGGAGCUGGCCAAGGCGCAUGCCAAGGCCUUGAUGCCGUCCUUCGGCGACGGCGUGGAUGACCAGCGAGCGAUCGAGGUUCUCACGCACGAGAUCACGGACCUGCUCAAGAGGUCCGAGAAACGGCUGCAGAAGCUGGCCACGAAUGAUUCCUCGGAGGAUUCAAAAGUCCGAAAGAAUGUUCAGCGUUCCCUCGCUACAGACUUGCAUAGUCUGUCGAUCGAGUUCCGGAAAAAACAGUCGUCUUAUUUGAAACAGCUUCGCCAGCAGAAAGAGGGGCAAGAUGGUGUUGAUUUGGAAAUGAACAUGAAUGGGUCUAAGUCGACAUUUGAACUUGAAGACGAUGAAUUCGAGGAUGUGGGUUUCACUGAGGUUCAGAUGUCAAAACUUAAGAAAAGUGAAGCAUUCACUAGAGAAAGGGAAAGAGAAAUCGAGCAGGUUGUCGAAUCAGUCAAUGAGCUUGCACAGAUCAUGAAGGAUCUUUCAGUUCUUGUGAUUGAUCAGGGAACAAUUGUUGAUCGGAUAGAUUACAAUGUACAGAAUGUUGCAGCUUCAGUUGAAGAGGGCUAUAAACAGUUACAAAAGGCUGAGAGGACGCAGAAGAAAGGGGGCAUGGUUAUGUGUGCCACUGUCCUCGUCAUUCUUAUCUUCAUCAUGAUAGUCCUCCUGAUUUUGAAGAAGAUCCUUUUCUGACUUUGCUCUCUCUUUUACGGCUGAGGACACUCUCCAAGUGAACGCCACUCACAUACUCUUAUGUGAAUGACUAUUCAGUGCCUGCGUAUUAGAAAAGGUGCUCUCAUUUGCAUCUUGCAAUAGUGAUCUCAAAAGAUGGUUCAUCUGCCCUUGUUCAUAGUGGCUGGGCCAGCAACUCUCUUCAGCCUUCCACUUUUUUUGCAGCACUGCUGAGUGUAGAGAUGUCAUAUUCAUACGGGUCCCAUUUUUUAAUGAAGAGUUCUGUAGACACAAUUCACACCGACCUGUUUGUCUUGGAGCGACCAGGUCUGGUUUUGUAUGCUCUGUAUAAAGUUGUACCAAGUUGUACCAGAACCCUGUUCUUAGAAAUAUAAAAAGGUAGUCUCACUCUCUUGCGUCA